AUAAAAUAAAAUAUGGAAGCAGCAGGUACUUGGUAUCACGGUGUGGGAGUGGGAGUUGGAGUGAUACUGGCGUUGACCACAUGGAUUUUCUUAAAUCACAUGUGGUUUAAACCAAAAAGGAUUGAGAAAUCAUUAAGAGCUCAAGGCUUGAAAGGCAGUUCAUACAGAUUCAUGUUUGGAGAUUUGAAAGAAACGGUUCUCAUGACGCACCAAGCUAAGUCUAAACCCAUCCAUCUUACAGACGAUAUCGUCCCUCGUGUCUCGCCCUUUUAUCUUAAAUCUAUUGCUGCUUAUGGUAAGAUUUGUUUUACAUGGUUGGGACCAAAACCAAUGGUGCACAUAACAGAACCAGAAAUGAUAAGAGAGAUCUUGAAUAACUAUCCUGUCUUUCAAAAGUCAAGAGGAGGAAAUCCGUUAAUGCGGAUACUAGUGAGCGGACUACUUGACACCGAAGCUCAACAAUGGGUAAAACAUAGAAAAAUCAUCAGUCCUGCAUUUCAUGUGGAUAAGCUCAAGUAUAUGGUGCCUGCUUUUUAUGUUUGCUGCAAUGAGAUGAUAGCAAAAUGGGAAGCUAUGCUAACUGAAGGAAACUCGUGUGAAGUUGAUGUGUGGCCGCAUCUCCAAACAAUGACAAACGAUGUAAUUUCACGUGCAGUGUUUGGUAGUAAUUUUCAAGAAGGAAGAAAAAUAUUCGAUCUUCAGCAACAAUUGACAGAGUUGGUUUUAAAAGCCGCACAGUCGAUGUAUAUUCCUGGAUUAAGGUUUUUGCCAACAAAGUCCAAUAAGAAAAUUAAAGAGAUUGACCGAAAAGUGAAAGCUUCGGUAAAGGGUAUUAUUGAUACACGAGUUGCCGCGAUGAAAGCUGGGGAAAAUAGCAACGAUGACCUUUUGGGAUUUCUGCUGAAUUCCAACUAUCAGGAAAUUAAACAAGACAGGAAUAAGAACUCGGGUCUAACAACAGAAGAAAUCAUUGAAGAAUGCAAGCUUUUCUAUCUUGCAGGGCAAGAGACUACACUAAAUUUCCUUGUUUGGACUAUGGUUCUCUUAAGUCAACACACGAAUUGGCAAAUACAUGCUAGAAAUGAAGUUUUACAAGUUUUCGGUGAUAAUGAGCCGGAUUUUGAAGGAUUAAGCCAUCUAAAAGUCGUAAGUAUGAUUUUCAAUGAAGUUCUCAGGCUAUAUCCGCCAGUAAUCAAUAUAGACCGGAAGGUACAUAAAGAAACCAAAUUAGGAGAUCUAGUUUUAGCCCCAGGAACUCUCCUUAAAAUAAACACUCUUCUUUUGCACCAUGAUCGUGAGAUAUGGGGUAACGAUGUGAAGGAGUUCAAGCGCGAGAGAUUUUUUGAAGGUGUUUCUAAGGCAACUAAUGGACAACUAUGUUACCUCCCAUUUGGAGGAGGCCCGCGUCUAUGUAUAGGGCAGAACUUUGCCAUAUUACAAGCAAAAAUGGUACUUGUGAUGAUUCUACAGCGAUUCUCUUUUGAACUGUCUACGUCGUAUUCACACGCCCCACAUAUUGUUCUAACGCUUCAACCUCAACUUGGUGCUUACUUGAUUUUACGCAAACAUUAACACAGAUGUUUGAGUUUGUUUAUGUUUAUUUUGGGGAUGGUAUAUAUGAUGAUUCAGUUGUACCAUAUAAUGAUCGUACAUAUAUAUAUAUAUAUAUGAUGAUAUAUACAACA